AAGCAACCAGACUCUGUUUCUGUAUCAUGGCGGAAAUGAGUUUGGCCAAAAAGACUUCUUCCUACGUUUCACUGAAACGCCCAACAUCCAGUUCUAAGGCUGAGAAGUCAAAGAUGGAUCAAAUAAAACCAAAGGUAAAAUCUGCAUCUGCUUUCAAAAAGAUCGACUCAGACAAUCUGUUUGCAAAAGAAGAAGAAUACAAAAUUAUGAAUGCAGAGCUUGAAGCCAAAACAGCAGAGAUAGUAAAAGAGGCCGAAAAACUUCUGAGAGAACAGAAUGAAGCUCUGUCAAAGCCCAUGUCAACACUGCUGCUCAGUGAGUUUGGAGAUGAAGGCGAUUCAAGGACAAUAAAGUCUGACCAGUGCAUAGGGCGAGGGCCUGCCUUAAAGAUGAUGACUAAGAAAAGGAUAACAUCCCCAUCACGGAACAUGUGUCCCAGAACACUGAGAAAAGAGACUCAUUGUGAACCUCAAAGCACAAAGGUUCUUGGGGCAGAGGAGCUGGCGGCUGUAGACGACUCCACAGAUUUGUUUGUGGCAAAGACGAUUCGUGACAUUGAGGAGAAGAUGAACAGCUGCGACACCCAGGAAAACACUGUUGAUGACCAAGAUCUGUCCAACGAAGCAGAGAACGUAGGAUCAGGCGUCGCAAGUGCUCAGAUCCGGGUCCUUAGGGCAAAAGUGCGAAUAUUGCAGGAAGAACUGGAUCAGCUGUCGGGUGAAUUUUAUAAAAAGGAUGAUGAAAACGCCAAACUCCUGGGGAAAGUUAAGGAGCUGGAGGAGGACAGAGCCAGGUUGAAGAAGACCACCAACAUUCAGCAAACACAGAUUGAGAAGCACAGAGCUUUAGCCGAGGCCUCGACUAAAAAAUGUGAAGGUCUUCAGCUGCAGGUGUCUGCUUUAAAUAAGGAAGUAGAAAACCUGAAUCGAUCAAACAAACAAGCAGCUGCCGCUCACAGUGCUGUGGAGGUUCGUCUGAACAGAGCUCUAGAGGAGGUGGCGAAAACAAAGACCCAACUCAGCAAGAUGAAGCAGAUGAAUAAGGACAAGGAGAGCGAGGAACACCGGAGUAAGGAACAUUUACUGGCUGAAAACAGAAUGUUGAAAAAACAGAAAGCAGAACUGAUUGUUGGAUUCAAGAAACAGCUCAAGCUCAUCGACAUCCUUAAGAGACAAAAGAUGCAUUUUGAGGCUGCAAAGCUGCUGUCCUUCACAGAAGAAGAGUUCAUGAAAGCUCUGGACUGGGGAAGGUCAUGAAGAUUCAACACUUCAUUAAAUGUGUCCAGUUUUUGGUGCUGAAUUCUGUGUGUUGUAGAAUGUAGGGAUGUCAUUUUCUUCUUUCACUUUGUGAAUUUGCAAAAUGAUAUCCAAAUGUCAUAUAACACUGUUCCUGUCCACAGGUUAUGGGGCAGCACGCCACCUAAUGGUUAUAGAAUUUGAAAAUGGAGUAUUGCUGUGUUUUUAUGUUUCAACAACAAAAAUCUCGCUCUUUUAGCUCACAACCACAGCUUUCUUAUCAGUAUUUGAGAUCUGUGAUUAUGAAGAGACUGUGCUGGAAACUGUGACUGAUUCGAAGGAUAAACCUUACAAUUUAACUUGACAUUGUAUUUUCAACUCAUUCUCAGCUUUCUUUUUCUCAGAGUGUAUUCUGAUAAAUCAUAUUUCCUCAGAACUACA